CCAGACACUUUCAACUAAGUAUACCUGGUGCCCAGCUGGGCGGCGGAGCGCUCCUGCGCCAUGCCAUGAAACCUCCGCGGGACGAUGGCGAGGCGCGCUUGUUGAAGCGCCUGACAGUGCAUCGGAAGGCCAAGUCGCAGCUGGGCACGCCCACCAGCCGCGCCGGUGAGACCACACCAGGUUCUACAGGUCCUUUAGCGCGCAGUGGUCCCGUUGCAGGCGUCGAAGACCGCAGUCUUCGCUGGUGCUCAAGCACCUGGACUGUCACCGAGCUCAUCGGCCUUUUGGUGGACUUCCGUCCGCAGAGCCUUCGCCAGGUGCGCCGUGCCCGGCUGCAGCCCGAAGGCAGCGGCGUCGGCGCAGCGGGAAGCCGGCGGGCGAAACAUGUGGCCGUGGCGGAGGAGGCAAACUUUGAAGAGUUAGUGGACUGCCUGGUGGCCGAUUGUGGCUCUGAGCUGGAGCGAAGCUAUCGGGUGGAGCUGGCGCCGCAGGAGCUGGAUGAGCUGGAGGAGUUAGAGGCUUCAGUGCGUUCGGCCGAGGAAGUCUUGUUGAUUUUGGAUCGGCAGGCCUUCUGUCUCUCGAACAGUUGGGUCCUCACCAGCUGCCUCCUUUGCUGCUCCACCAGCCGCCGCCUCCGCGUGACCAGUCCGCCAGAGACCUUCCGGGGCUCUGCCUCAGAGCUCCUUUGCUGGGAGCAGCGACUGGACGGUCUCGAUUGGCAGCAGCUCACGGCGAAGGGCGAUGCCGCGACCCGAAAGCUGCGGACGUUUGCGGAACAAAAGUGGGAUUUGCGUGGCAUUGGGACGGAUCGACUGCUGUCUCAGCUGAAAGUGCUGCUGAGACGCUACAUCUACGGUCAGAUCCUUCUGAAGGCCGUCCAGCUCGGCGACUUGGAGGCCGUCGAGGCCGCCUUGGAGCGAGGCGCAUCACUGGACCAACGUGAUGCGGACGGGAACACGCUGGAGGAUUUGGCACGCUUCUGCAAUCACGAGGAGAUCGAAGAGUUCCUCUUUGAGAGGCGCAUGCAGGGGAUGAUCCACCAACCGCUCUCGCAUUUCUUCCGAGCAGAAGAGCUCAUCGCACAGUGCUCCGACGCAGAUCCGACAGUCCUCAUGCCCUUCAUGACGCAGAAUGAUGGAGAAGGAACUACAGAUGACCUCUGGCCAGAUUCUGCAGCCAUGGCGGCGGAGGAGGAGGACCAGCAACUCUGGGACUACCUUGCAGCCAUCACAGGCACUCCUGGUGCGACGCCUGGCGCAGUCGCUGCGGGAGCGUCGGUGAGCAUGCCGUUCUCCGCGGUGCGGGCGGUUUGAAUCCAGGGCAGUGGCAGUGAAAUGAGCGAGUGAAGUGCGGAGCUUGCGCUGAAGGAUGGGAUUGUGGU